UUAAUCCACCUAAUUUGGAAAAAAAUAAAUUAGGGAUCAGAUUCCAUAUAGACAAUGGGUUAUUGAGACAGUUCUUUAUAUAAUUUAUUUUAAAGGUAUUGUUUAACGUUGUGAAAUCAAGAAAGUUUAAGCUUCCAUUCUCUAAAGUAUUCCCGACAAACAAACUUUUUUUUUUUUUAGGGCGUAGUAUAAUGCGAAUUUAGGACGUAACAUUAUGGUUUAGAAAGCAGCCAGCCAGAGUAAGCGAUUAAUCUGACGACAUUACCCUGCGACGGAAGCGGAAAGGACGUGGCAACAAAGCAACCAAGGGAGAAGUGGUAAUGAUAUUUUGAGAAAUACUGAACCAUUUGAGAAAGAGUUAAUCUCUUUGUCUUGGGAGACACCAUGGGCUUGUGCAAGUGCCCUAAGAAGAAGGUAACAAACCUGUUUUGCUUUAAACACCGUGUCAACGUGUGUGAGCACUGUCUUGUGUCUAAUCACAACAAGUGUAUUGUACAGUCAUACCUACAGUGGCUACAAGACAGUGAUUACAACCCUAACUGCAGUUUGUGCAUCCAACCAUUAGAUUCCCAGGAUACUGUUCGACUAGUUUGUUAUGAUUUGUUCCACUGGUCGUGUCUGAAUGAGUUGGCCUCUCAUCAACCUCUCAACACGGCACCAGAUGGAUACCAGUGCCCAACAUGCCAGGGUCCUGUGUUUCCACCCCGAAACCUGGCUAGUCCUGUUGCUGACAUGCUCAGAGAACAACUGUCCUCUGUGAACUGGGCUAGAGCAGGAUUAGGUCUUCCACUGAUUGAAGACCCUGAAGAGGAGGAAACUACGACACAUAGUGGUACUUCUUUCUCUGAAUGGUCAACUUUUGAGACUACUUCAGUGGAUGUCUCGAUGUCAAAUCCCACACUCACCAGUCUACCACCCCAUCAGGAUGGGGAGCACAUCUAUAAUAAUAGAGAACAGAGUGCCCCAAAUAACACUGUCUUCAAUAUGGUCACCACCUCUGCCACAGACACAGUCACCAUUAGUACAGUUACUUCCCCAAGGAAGCUGUAUGACACACGUGAUUUAGGACACAGUGCAGUCAUGCAGAUUGAUUUUGAUGAUGAUAAAUACCGCAGACGGCCUGCACUUAACUGGUUUGCACAGGUGCUAAAGAAUUGUACUAGCACUAAGAAAAAGACACUCGCACUGAAACAUCGAAUCUUCUUGUUGCUGCUGUUUGGAGUGAUCGGUUUCUUCACCCUCAUCAUCAUCAUGGCCAAAUUGGGUCGGGCCUCUGCUGAAACAGAUCCAAAUCUGGAUCCUUUGCUGAAUCCCAACAUCAGGAUAGGCAAUAUGUGACCUCAGCUAAAAUUCAUGGAUUGAUAUUACUGGUAAAAUGAGAACAGAUUCUAGAGAAUUCUUGAAAAAGAUUGCUCCUCAAGGUUAUGGGACUAGUGUAAAGAUACCAUUGUUCAGACUAUUAGUGUAAUAUAUAACUAGUGGUUCACUUUUAAAUUGAUUGUGGAAAUGGUCAAGAAAUUUUUGUGCAUCAAAUACAAGUUUCUCUUGAGUGAGAUGAGAUAGACUUAAGUGUGUGCAACUCGUGUAUCUCUGAUUCACUUCUAUCAUUUCUAUUGAGAGAACAUUAUUUUUAUGUUAAAUCUUAAUUAUUCUUUAUAAUAUUUGCUUUUGUAUCAAACAUUUAAAUUGGUAGAUUAUCAGUACUCUGAGAAUGUGGAGAAAUUUUUUUUUAAUGUAUUUAAAUGUGUAUUAUUAUUAUUAUUAUUAUUAUUAUUAUUAUUAUUAUUAUUAUUCAGACUCAGUAAGCAAAUCUCUUUGCCAAGAAUUUUGCAGAUUUAAACUUUUUUUUCCCAGUUAUAAAAUAUUUUUAAACAAUUGUGACCAGUGGAUUUUUUUUAAUGGCCAAGUGAAGCAGAAAAAUAGUUUAUUACAUCUAUAUAUUUUCUGGACACUCAAAUUACAGAUUUUGUGGGAGUUUCCUCAACCACCAACAAUGUCUGGAUGGCAUGCAGCCAUUCUGUGCCAGACCACACACUACACGUCAGCUUAUUGAUGAAGAGGAGAGAUUGAUGAAGCCAAUUAUGAUAUAGGAAUGGUUAGGAGGCCUUGUUGGACAGAAGCUGGUGGGUACAUUUAGCCAAGAUGCUGGGAUAGAAAAAAGUUUUUUUAAAUGAUAUAUCCAAUUUAAGAAAAAUGAUGCUACCGAUAGAAUGUCUUUUCCCAGAAUUCUUUUUCACAAUGAUGUCACUUCUGCCUUUCCACAACACAGUUUAUUGGUGUCUCGGUUUUUACCUUUAAAUGCAAUACUUCUCUGGAAAAUUCACAACAAAUUUAAAAUAUUAAGAUUAACUUAUUGGGCAUUGUGCAAAUGUUUAUUUUUCAAUAAUGAACUGCUUUCUGAGUUUGAAAAUUAUUACGUUUUCUCAAGUUAUUAAGAAUAGGAAUAAACUUGUUUAAUAAGAAAAGUAUAUAUUUACAAGCUUUUCAUCAUUAUUUCAGUCUUUCCUCAAUCAUGAAUUUAUUUUUAUUUUAUUGCUGCUGUAAAUAUAAAUUUACAUUAUCUAUUACAUGUAAAUGUUACAGCACAAGUAAAAUUCUUUAUAAAAAUCUCAUAAUACAACUUGUAUGUCAUCUAUAAAUGCAGUCUUUUUCACUAUUAUUUUACUUAUUUAUUCUCACAUGCUUCAUUAAUUUUUUUUGUGUUUGGAUGAAUUAAGACAGUGCUUACUAUGUUUUUAUUUUGAUAUCUGUGCUACCUUUUAUUUAAUAAGUUACAAAGACUGCCAUCAAGUGUGCAGAACUUGGAUUGGUGUUGAACUUUGAUACAACACUCAAUGCUUGUGCUAUGUCAGGUCUUGUGGCCAUCGUAAUAUCAUGUAAUGUGUAUUUAUGUAGUGCAUUUAUCCUGUAUGGCACCCAAUACACCCAAAUUGCUUCACAUUCAUGAGGGUGAGUGUUCUCUCCACACCACCAUCAGUGUGCAGCAUCCAAUUGGAUAAUGCGACGGCAGCCACAGGACAAUGGUGCUAGUGCUUCACCACACACCAUCUAUAGGUGGGGUGGUAAGACAGUUAUGGAGCCAAUUCAGUGGAUGGGGAUGCUUUGGAGGCUAUGACGAUGGGCCGAUGGAGGGAACAGGACACCGAGGUUACACCUCUACUGUUUACAAGCCAUAGGAUUUUUUAUUGACCAAUCAGAGCAUACUUGUAAUAUGCACUGGUAAUAACUUGAGUUCACAUUGUUGACUAACCAACAGUUUUAACCCCAAAAUGACUAGUCUGUCAGUUAAAGAAGAGCUGAAGUCAGAGAUUCAAUUAAAUAAAGUUUACUGAAGGUAGUUUGCAGUUUGCAAACUGCAGUCCGCAGUCUCAAAUCAACAAGUAUACUUUCACUUUACGUCAUUAACUGUCAUACAUCUAGGUCUUUUAACAUGAAUGGUUAAAACAUAUAGAAUUUACAUAGAAAAUGUUCAUGUGUAUUCAUAUUUCUAAACAGUAUCUUCCAAUGAUGCAUAUAAAAGUCAGACACUCACUGAGCUAUUUAGAGCUGACCCCAGACCUGUAAAAUGUUCCACAAACGAAUAGAACACACACAACUCCAAUUUCACUCUGAAAAGGGAUGACAUUAAGGUCAUAAUAUAAUCUCGGCCCUCAUUUUUAAGCAGCAUUCAUAUUCCAAACAACUGCCUCCUGCUUAUUCUUUGCAUUAGGACUCAACAUUGCAGUGUGCUAGGUUCCAUAACAUGACAGACACCAGCAUAAUGAUCAACAGUCACUCUGUCAGCAAACUCAUCAUUAUUUACUUCUGUUAAGCUUUGACACAAUCUACAUUGUAAAAGCGCUAUAGGAAUAAAGAUACAUUUAUUUGAAAUGAA